AUGAGUGUGACGCUAUCGUGCCGCCCCGCAGCCGUCUGUUUCGGCAUGGGUGUAGCUGUACUUGCUUCUGUAUCAUUCUCUAGACAUAACACAAAACUUUGGCGUGUGUUUCGUCAAGCGUCUGCAAAUUGUCGGGCUCGUCGUGGUCUGUGCAGUUCGAGCUCUGAACGGUUUUCAUCGCGUGCGCGGCUGUUGCCAUGUGUUAAGGAACUAGAACAGAUUGAAGCUAGUAGACUAAGUAAACAGAAGAUUACAGUUGUUCAGCUGAACAUCUUGGCGAGUAACUUGGCCACGCGAAAUCACUUUCCGUACGUUAUUGAAUCAAGCUUGAACUGGGAGAAUCGAAAGAUGGCGUUACUUCGACAAUUGGAUGCUCUGGAUGCGGAUGUGGUGUGUCUUGAGGAGCUGAGUGACUACUGGACAUUCUUUAAGCCGAAACUGCAAGACCGAGGAUAUGAAAGCGUCUACGUUAAGCGUCCGUCUAUUCACGUUUCAAACUGGUCUGGCGAGAAGAAACACGAUGGUUGUGGGAUUUUUUACAAAAAAGAAAAGUUUGAGCUGAAAGAGUUUGAAGCUGUAAACUUCCACGACCCUCACGACCGAGUGGCUGUUUUGGCGUUACUGAAGAUGCGUCACUUUGCGCAGUUCGUUUUGGUCGGCUGCACGCAUUUAUGGUGGAAUGCCAAGAAGGUAGAUCACCAGAUGGCUGAGGUGUUUGAGCUGGAGGAAGAGGUAAUCCGCAUGAGUAGUGAUGUGCAUGACAAAUACGAGCGUGACUUGGCUGAGACCAUUACUGGUUCAAACAGCGUCCCAAUCGUAUUAUGUGGUGACUUUAAUAACUCGCCCGAGUCACCAAUUUACGAGUACAUGGAGAAUUCAUUCAUGCAGAAACCCAAUCUGGAGGGCGUUAGCGAAGUAUUUCGUAGCGCCUAUGCGUUUUACAAACCUAAUGCACUAGCGAGUGCAUUGGAAGACACAGAGGAAGUACGUCAGUCGUUCCAAGUAGAAGAAGGCAAGAAGGCUGAACCACCACAUACUACUGUUAAUUUUCGUCGUUGCUGGACAAUUGAUUACAUUUGGUACUCGAAAAGCAAUUUGAUUCCAUCCCGUGUACUGGAGAUCCCGUCAGAAAGUGACUUACGUGCUGAAGAUGGACCAGGCAAUUGGUUUAAUCGAUUGGCCAUGUCGGACAGUUUGAAUCCUUCAGGUCGUUUACCAUCAGGUCUUCAUGGUAAUUAUAAUGGAAUACCUAACUCUGUCUUUGGCAGUGAUCACGUGCCCAUCAUGGCCGAGUUUGAAUUCCUCUGUGCUCUUGAUGAUAGUCAAGUUGAAAGCAAAGAGGAAUGA